UGAAGAGAAUAACUCGGUGAUUCAUAUCAAUUUAUAAUAGAUUCAUGUUACAUGAAAUUGGUAGCAUGAGAGGUAGUGUGAAAUAAAUAAAAGAAUUAACGACCAUUUGUUUAUUUCUACUUCACAUUUCCAACUUCAUUAAAUAUUUGACGUUUUUAAAUAAAAUUAAAAUAUUAAAUCACAUUUGUAAUCACUAGCUAGGUCCUUUCUUCGCAUCUUCCGCACAUUCCUAAUCCCGUUUGAACUCAAUUAUCAGCUUCCAAAUGACUUUAUCAAAUUCUAAUUGUCAAUAACCAAAUAAAAACGAACCAAUGCUUAGAUGUUUAAAUACAUGCAAUGUGCUUGUACACAGAUUCAAGUUCUUAUGUCCCAAUUCCCAAUUAACAGAGUAACGUACGUUAUUCGUGAGUGGACCAAGCCAACAAAUUUGACUUGACUAGUGGGUGAGGUCCAAAAGAAGACCAUGCAAGGACUAAAAGCAUAUGCAGAAAAGCAUCUCUUGUUAUUGAUCAAUACUUAUAUGCAGCAGAACAGUAUCUUUAGUUUCAACUUUUCCCCUCAGGUUGCCAUGGACAAAGGGCAGAAGAGUGCAGAGAAAGAGAGUGCUAAAGGAUUCAUCCCUCAGAUAACCCCUGGAGGAGAUAGUAGCCAAUACGACGUGUUCUUGAGCUUUAGAGGCUCGGAUACCCGCAAGGCGUUCACCGAUCACCUCUACCAUAGUCUGAUCAACGUAGGGACUGUACCAAUCUACGUGUUCAGGGACGAUAACAACAUCCCAAUUGGCGAGGAAUUUGGUUCAUAUAUUCUCGAUGCCAUCACACGGUCUAAGAUUUCGAUCCCCAUCAUCUCCAAAAAUUAUGCAUCAAGCAAAUGGUGUCUCCGCGAGCUCAUUCAUAUUAUGGACCGCAUGAAGAGCACAUCACAUGUAGUGUUGCCCAUUUUUUAUAAAGUGGAUCCAUCACAUGUUCGGUAUCUAAAAGGAAGUUUUGGGGAGGCCUUCCAUUCAGGUACAGAGCGUUUUAAUGAGAAGGAUAUCCAGGAAGGACAGCGAGCACUUAGCGAAGUGAGUUACUUAAAUGGUUUGGAAUCAGAGAAAUUUGCCAACGGGCAUGAAGGAGAAUUAGUGAAAAAAGUUAUCAAAACUGUUCUGGGCAAGUUGCAACAUGAUUUUCAGCUUGAUGUUACUAAACACUUGGUUGGAAUUCGUGAUCAUGUGAACAAAAUUAGAAAUUGGGUAGACACUUCUGUCAGUGAUGUUCGAAUGAUUGGAAUCUAUGGCAUGGGGGGGAUUGGUAAAACGACUCUUGCCAAGGUCAUCUACAACGGGCUGUCGAAUGAUUUUGAGUAUCGUAGCUUCCUUUUAGAUAUUCGAGAAACAGCUCAGCACAAUGGUAUUCCUCAUCUACAAAACCAACUAAUUAAGGAAAUCGAGCCAACUGAACGUCAAAUUUGGAACGUUGAUGAUGGAAUUAAUGUGAUCAAAUCUAGAUUGAAAGGAAAAAAGGUUCUUCUUCUUUUGGAUGAUAUAGAUCACUUGAAUCAACUAAAUGCUUUGGCUAGAGAACGUAAGUGGUUUAUGCCAGGAAGUACGAUCAUUGUUACAACUAGAUAUAAAGCUGUUCUGGAUCAAUCUGAAUUCAAGGUAGACUACAAGUAUGAAUUGAAUGGAUUGGAUGAGGUGCAUUCUUUGCUUUUAUUUAACAGACAUGCAUUUCGUACGGACCAUUCUCCAAGGGACUUUGAGGAUAUCUCUCGUGAUAUCAUAUCCACCAUGGGUGGACUUCCCUUGGCUCUUGGGGUAAUAGGUUCAUAUUUGUAUGAAAAAACAGAUCAAGAAGUAUGGCGUGAUGUGCUAGAGAAAUUAAGAAAAGAACCACAUGGAGAUGUCCAAGAAAAAUUGAAGAUAAGUUAUGAUGCAUUAGACGAAGGACAUAAGGAGAUUUUUCUUGAUAUUGCUUGUUUCUUUAUUGGCAAAGAGAGCAAAUUUGCAAUAUACAUGUGGAAGGACUGUGGAUUUUAUCCAAGUCAAGGAAUUGAAGAAUUGAAGCUGAGGUGCUUUAUAAAAAUUGAUGAGGAUGGAAAGUUAAGGAUGCAUGAUCAAUUGAGAGAUCUUGGAAGGAAAAUUGUUCACCAAGAAGGACCGGCUGAGAGACGUAGUAGAUUAUGGGUCAACCAGGAAGCCUCCAGUGUUCUAAUGGGAAAAAAGGGAACUGAAAGGAUCCAGGCAAUUUGUCUCAAAGACCAGCUCCAGACAUACACAAAUGAACAGUUUAAAAACUUACAAAGCUUAAGGUUCCUUCAGUUGGGGCCGGUGGCUUUAAGUGGAGAUUUUGAUAAACUGUUUUUGGAAUUAAGAUGGCUGCAGUGGUUUAAUAUUGAACCCAACCUAUCUUUUUCGGCAACCAAUUUGCAUCUACCGAAAUUAGUGGUGCUGCAAUUGUCAGAUAGCGAUAUAACAAGGCAUUGGAGAGGAUGGAGUUCGGUCAUGGAGGCAAAGCGGCUGAAAGUUCUCCAACUUUACUCCUGCCGAUUUUUAAUGUAUACUCCUGAUCUCUCGGCUUUCACAGAGUUAGAGAUUCUCGACUUCACAUUCUGCACGAGCCUGUUGAAAGUCCACCCUUCUAUUGGCAAAGUCAAGAACCUUGUUUCCUUGAAUUUGCGUGAUUGUCAAAUGCUCGAUGAGCUACCAGAAGAAGUGGGCGAACUAGAAGAACUAAAAGAACUUAUUUUAGAUAUCACUCGUAUCAGAAAGAUUCCUACAUCAAUCGGUUCUUUGAGGAAGCUAGAGAAACUGAGUGCCUGGUUGUGUAAGUCAAUAAGAGAAAUCCCUAGCUCAAUUGGGGAUUUACAGAAUUUGCAAUAUCUGAUCUUUGAUCAAUCUGGGCUUGAAAAGAUACCUAGUGCUAUUGGAAGGUUGAAAAAACUGCGGACGCUAUGUCUCAUGAGUACACAGAUAUCAGACCUGCCAGAAAGCAUUCGGAAUCUUUCUUCUCUCCAACACCUUAGCCUAGGGAGCUGUUUCAAGCUCCAGUCGAUACCGGAGCUUCCUCCCAACUUAACGUAUCUGACGGUCUCUAGUCAUAGUCCUAGUUUGCCACAACUUUCUUGCCUAAUCCACCUAGAAGUAUUUGGUCUUCAUGGAUGUCCACUUGAGCACAUCCCGGAGCUUCCCUCAAGACUCUUGAAACUUUCUGUUUCUCAAUGUCAUAAGCUGAUAUUGCCUAAGCUUGAGAGAUUCAAGUACUUGGAAGAGUUUUCAAUACAUAACUGUAAUUCCAUUGAAAGAUUGGACCUUUCACAAUUACAUUGUCUGAAACGAUUACAAGCUAGCUAUUGCGAUAAUCUAGUUGAAAUUCAGUGCCAGGAUAAUUUCUUCUUGAAGGAGAUAAAAAUGUAUGGGUGCAAGUCCAUUGAAAGGCUGAUCCUUCCAGAAUUACACUGUUUGAAGGAAUUAACGGCUCGCUAUUGCGACAAUCUGGUCGAAAUUCGAGGUCUUGAUAGCGCGGAGUUCUUAGAGAAAUUGAAUGUCGCUCAUUGUGGGUCCAUUGAAAGAUUACCUGACCCAUCAUACUUCACGACCCUUAAAGAGUUUUACUUCCAUAGCUGUCCCAAUCUACGUGGUGAAGAGAACCUUAGAGAGAUUCUUGUCUUAAUGAAGCAUAAAGAUAGCAAUUUGAAAUUUUAGAGAAUUUCAAGAUGAGGUAUUCGCUUGGUGUUACGGAGGUUCCUAGUGUUGAGGAAUCAAGGUCUUGUACACACAUGGAUAUCACAAGAUGCAAAUCAAUGGAGACUUUACCAGAAUUGUCGGAUGUGAGAAGUUAAAAUCUCUAGGGGUAUGAGACUAUAAGAAACUUAGUUAGCUUCGGGGACUUGAAUAGUUGGAUUUAAUUUAUUUGGAUAUUAUUGGGUGCGACUCAUGGGAAACGAUACCAAAAUUAUCUCAACCAUUGCCCUCCAUGGCAUUAGGUUUAUAGAUCUUGUCAAAGCCAUAGUGGAAGCUGCUCGAAUCAUGUCUUUAACAGAGGCAAGCAAGUAAAUUAUCAUUUUUCUUCUGAGAUUCAUAAUCUACUUUUCAUCACUAUCUUCUUUUGACAAGUAUGUUUUCCUUGACAGGUUUCUCUACUUUCAUAAAUUCUUAGUCUUAAAUAAUUGGAGUGGGGAAGUUGGUGGUAGAAGCUGACAUGAUGCUUAAGCCAAGAUCAAAAUGUAGAUCCAAAUAUGGGUCUACGUACAUUAGAACACAUCGAUCAUCUAGUUGGCUGAGGAAGUUCAAAUUCUAUCCCGGAGACCGAUCAAAAUGAAGAGGAGGAUGUUGCCGAGGAAGCAUCAACAACAACCGAGGGCCAUCUUGCGUGCCAACCUUGAAGAGGCUCAUGGUCCAACUAGAGUGUCCUGAGGAAGUUUUUUAUGCUUGUGAAGAUCGAAACACUUGAUCUGGUCUCAACACCACAUACCUGAAUAAUUGUGAAUGUAUUUGUUCUCAAUUGGAUCUGCUUUCUGUAUGCUUAUUAGGUUCUACCUCUCUGUGUAUCAAAUACAUACCUGUUGAUUUUUCUGCAUGCUACCCUGUUGCAGAGCUGUUUCACGGGGUUGCGUUCUAAUGAUAUCACUCUUGAACUCA